UCCGAGGUUUGAAUAGGGAAGUUUACAGUGCGUGAGACGGGCAGUCAGUGCGCUGUUUGCAAACUGGCCGAGCUGCGGUCCUUAUAGGAGUUUGCGGCACCGCUGGAGACCAACAAAUCGACGUCGCUUAAACUCCUAUGCAGCUGCAUGCACAAGUUCGCCAAGAUCAGUGUUACAGUGCUGGAAUUACGUCCUACGCAUUGUUUUUUUCCUCGCUUAAUUAGUUACAGCUGUGUCUGGGAUUUAAAAAAUGGAUGUUAUUCCGAUGUGCAGCAUCUUUCAGGAGCUUCAGAUCGUUCAUGACACGGGGUACUUUUCUGCUUUGCCUUCCCUUGAAGAGUACUGGCAGCAGACCCGUUUGGAGCUAGAAAGGUAUCUGCAAAGCGAGCCCUACGUGUCCGCAGCAGACAUCAAGUUCGAAGGCCAGGAGGACCUCUGGAGCAAGUUCAUUCUCGCUUGCGGGGACAAGGGGGGAUCCGAUCCGAAGGUCCCUGUGGAAAAGGAGGAGGAGUGUCACGACAGCAUAGCUCUGGAGACUGGCGGGUUCAACUCGGACGCCAGCAGCGAGGCGUCGGACAGCUCCGAAGAGCUCUCCCCAACUCUCAGCUAUGCGCCUAACCCUCUGAGCGACAUUCUGGCCGGCACGGAGCACCUGGCCAGCCCACCUCCAUCCCCGGAGGAGACCAAGGACCCCGCCGGCCCACGUGUCUGGGGCAGCCUCCCGGCAGAGCUGCACUCCCCGGGAAAGGGUCGUGCGGGGGUGGCAGGCCGUGGUCUCGGUGAUGGCGAGACGGCGGCAGACGGGAGGAAGCGAGCACACCGGUGCCACUUCAACGGGUGCCGGAAGGUGUACACCAAGAGCUCGCACCUGAAAGCACACCAGCGCACACACACAGGUGAGAAGCCGUACAGGUGUUCGUGGGAAGGUUGCCAGUGGCGUUUUGCACGGAGUGAUGAGCUCACGCGGCACUUCCGCAAGCACACGGGCGCUAAGCCGUUCAAAUGCUGCCAUUGUGACAGGUGUUUCUCCAGGUCUGAUCACUUGGCACUUCACAUGAAGAGGCACCUGUGAUUCAGGCCGCUGGGAGGAGCGGGGGCCGGCAGACCUGCUCCAGACCCGCCUCAAGGUCAAACGCCCCCUAGUGGACAGCCAAAGCAUGCCAUUUUGCACCAUUGCCAGGACCUUUUAGGCGGAAGGAACUCUGAAGUUUGUCCCAAUGGUGACAAAUGAGGGUGCAGGGGAAGCGUGGACGAACGAAUGGACAGAAGAAAUCUGUAUGCGCGACACCCUGGGGGCACUGUGGGACAUGCACGGCGGACCCCCGGACCGUCUCGAUGAGCGAGUGUACUGGUGCUUCGCCGGACUGACGCCGGCCACCACUGCGGCAAACGUGCCGCUAGUCUGCGAGCGCGGUGUGACAAGCGCCACCUGGAUGGGACUCGCAACAACCCGAGGGGGACCAACAGCCCUCGAGCCAGGGCUGGGCAGGCCGCUUAUUCCUGAUCAGAGGGACACCGUGGCGCUCGGUCUAGCUACUAAACACGCCCUCUGUUCAGUGGCCUGGCUGACAUGCUACAAAGCUCAUUCGUAGUCCGACACAUAAGCUGUGUACUUAGAGAUAUAAAACAACUGUAAUGUUGUUAUAAUAGACAGGUGUUGCAUGGUUCUCCUCCCCUUUGUAAUCAGGACUGCAAAUUCCAAUAAAGGAGCAGCUAAAAGACAAUUGGUUAGAAUGUUACAAUGUUGUACAUAAAGCCUUGUUUUUCUCUUUUUUUUUUUGUUGUAAUUAUUCUCGUCGUUGUCACUCUUGUGGAUGAUUUCAUUGGGUUGGAAAAAACCACUAUUGCUUAGCAACUGAUUUACACAAGACAUUUUUCCCCUUUUUAUGCCUUGUCCCCCCCCCCCCCCCUUAUUUUUUAACCUGAUAAUGCACUGUUGACCCUAAUGGUGCCUUAUCCAAUGCGGCCUUGUCCCGUAGAGUAUGACAGAUAUGGCUGUUUCGGGAGUCGAGAAGGUGAUUUAAGACUGUGCCGUAUGUCUCUUUGUACGUGUGAGGGCUAAAGGAUUGUGUACAGAAGCUAUUCCAAAUGAUGGUUCAGUUGGCUGUGUCGUGCAAUGCCAUUUACUUUUGGGGGGGAGGUUAUAUUACAUGGGGGGGAAAAAAAAUAGCAUUUGAGGGUCAACGUUCAUCCAAAAAGUAGUCUUGAAACCAGAGGAUGGUUAAAUAGAGCACUUUGAACAAUUUGGUGUUAUUGGAGUUACUACUGUGUAGUAUGUACUAUAUGUAUAAAAGAAGCUCAUUCGCACAGUGUCUGUGUGUGAAUGCAGAGUCUAUUCUGAGGCACGGGGCGUCUUGCUGACGCACGUUUACGGCGAGCGCGCUGAUUACGCGUCAGGGAAACGCCGCUUAGACGUAGGUCCGUCUCCGGCCUGUCUGACGUGUUUAAUGCGGCGCAGCCAGUGGGAUUUUUCGAAAGAUUAAGGGUUAGCUUUCGGGAGUUUUUAAUUUAAAAUUCUGGAGAUACAACUGAAAUGGUUAGAUGUAAGAUAAAUAAAUAAAUAAAAAAUUAUAAAUAACAUGUCUGUGUGGAUAGUGGAUUGUGACCGUGGAUGUUGUUUAUUAAGGAUUAUUUUGCUGAGUGGAAGUAAAGUCUCUAAAGUCUCAUUAAAUUAUAUCGAGGCUGAACGUUUAAAUCUAAUUGGUCUUUGAGGAGCAGAAGGAAAAAAAAACAGUCGGAGCUGCGAGCUUAAUUUGAUAUUGUCAGCUGAUUCGGCUUAAGUGUGGGGCAGCGUCUAAGAAAUUGAAUUUCGGAUCAUUCCUUCAAGGGGAGGUGUGGUUUAAAGGUGAAGUCACCUAGAUUUGAACCGAGAAAAUAAAAAAAAUAAAAAAAAACUUGGGGAAAAGAGCCUUAAUGAAGCCACAGGUUUGUUCACGUCCGUUCUGACAAAACACUCCAUUACUGAUUUUCCUAAAUACCCGAUGAUCUAAAUCAAAAUUGUCUUUGUAAAAAAAACAAAAAGUUUGUAAUUUUUUUUUUUUUUUUGCUUGACGGACUAUUAUUUGGAAUUUUUUUUUUGCAAGAUUGUUAUAUUUCUGUAUGAAUGUAUUUUUUAUCGGAAUAACAAGAAAUGUUCUUAUCA